AGAGAGAGAGAGAGAGAGCGGUGAUGCUGCGCACAAGGGAGGGCAGAGAGAGAGUCCACACAGUACAGUGUCUUCACAGUGCUCAGCGGAUACGCAUCGAAAGCAGGACUACUCUCGACUCCUCAGCAUUGAGGUAGUGGCUCGCUGGCAGCAGGAAGGACUAUGAGGGUGGCUUCCACCUGCACUGCAGAGCUCUGUAACUUUGGCAGAUAGGAUCAUUAUCCCACUGUAAGACACCAUAAGAGCAGAAAAGAUGAGGACUUGGAUUGUACUUCUUCUGUGGGCGUGUGCACAACAGAGUGUGAAUGCAGUUGCCCUUUCAGGAGGGCCAGUUCGAAGAAAAACCAAAGAAAUUGAAGGACGGCAAGACAAAGAGUUGCUCAGACGUUCAAAAAGAGGGUGGAUGUGGAGACAGUUUUUUCUGCAGGAGGAAUACACAGGAACGGAGCACCAGUACAUUGGCAAGCUUCACUCAGAUAUGGAUAGAGGAGACGGCACGGUGAUGUACGUUCUCACAGGUGAAGGUGCGGGGACGAUCUUUGUGAUAGAUGCCAACUCAGGAGAUCUGCAUGCUACCAAGAGCCUGGACAGAGAGGAGAAGCCUUUCUAUGCGCUCCGAGCCCAGGCUGUCAACAAGAAGACCGGCAUCCCACUGGAGCCAGAGACCGAGUUUAUUGUGAAACUGCAUGACAUCAAUGACAAUGAGCCCAAGUUUGACAAGGAGGUUUAUACAGCAUCUGUACCUGAAAGGUCACACAUCGGCACCUUUGUCACUCAAGUUACCGCCCAGGAUGCAGAUGAUGAAAUGUUUGGCUACAGUGCAAAGCUGGCCUACAGCAUCAGCCAGGGUCAUCCAUACUUCUCAGUAGAGCCAAAUACAGGUAUAAUCCGGACAGCUUUGGGACCUUCCGAUAUGGACAGAGAGCAGAGGGAGCACUACCAGGUGGUGAUCGAAGCCAAGGACAUGGCCGGCCAGAAGGGGGGCUUAACAGGCUCCACCACAGUAAACAUUAGCCUCACCGAUGUCAACGAUAACCCCCCUCGUUUCACGCAGAGUAUAUAUCAGUUCAGCGUUCCAGAACUCACCAAGGUAGGAUCAUCAGUUGGCAGGAUCAGGGCUGUGGAUGCCGACAUCGGCAGAAAUGCGGAGAUGGACUACACAGUUGUUGGCGGAGAUGGUCUAGAUGUGUUCGACAUCAGCACUGACAGAAACACCCAAGAAGGCAUACUUAGUCUUAAGAAGCCUCUGGACUAUGAAAAGAAGAAAUCGUACAUGCUUCAGAUCCAGGUCCAAAACACACAUCCAGACCCACACUUUCUGAGCUUGGACGCUAAGGACAUGGCGACCGUCAGGGUCAGUGUUGAGGAUGUGGAUGAGCCCCCUCAGUUUGAGAAAAUCAGCUAUAUUUUGGAGGUGAAAGAGGACGCGGCUGUGGGCACCGUGAUAGGAUCGGUCAGCGCAGUGGAUCCUGACAUACGCCGCAGUCCGGUCAAGUACUCCAUUGAUCGGCACACAGAUGUGGACCGUAUCUUUGGUGUCUAUGCUGGGAAUGGAUCUAUAUUCCUGCAGAGGCAUCUGGAUCGGGAGGAAUUAGCUCGGCACAACAUCUCAGUGAUUGCAACAGAGUUCAGGCACUUAGACAACCCUGAACAGACCAGCCGAAUGCCUGUGUACAUCCGUGUACUGGACGUCAAUGAUAACCCCCCCAUGUUGGCAUCCUUCUACGAGACCUUUGUCUGUGAAAACGCCAAAGCCGGUCAGAAAAUCCAGACAAUAAGCGCAGUGGAUCCAGAUGACCCAGUCGGUGGACAUCGCUUUUUGUUCUCCUUAGCACCAGAGAGCUCAGUGCGCGCAAACUUCUCUGUCCGAGAUAAUGGAGAUAACACAGCUGGGAUCUUCACACGACGCACCGGAUUUGGCCGAAUGCACAAGAGCACCCAUCUAAUUUCUGUGGUAAUCUCAGAUGGACACGAUCCCAGGCAGACCAGCACGGGCACGCUCACAAUUCGGGUGUGCACGUGCAACCGAGAUGGCAACAUGGUGAUGUGCAAUGCAGAGGCUCUGACAAGCUCCGCGGGGCUCAGCACAGGGGCGCUGGUGGCCAUCCUGCUCUGCCUCCUCAUCCUGCUCUUGAUCGUGGUGUUGUUUGCUGCCAUGAAACGUCAGAAGAAGAAAGAACCCCUGAUCAUCUCCAAGGAGGACGUGAGGGACAAUGUGGUCAGCUAUAAUGAUGAGGGUGGUGGUGAGGAGGACACACAGGCCUUUGACAUUGGAGCGCUUCGCCAUCCGGAUGUAAUGGAGGAGGGCAAACUGCGGCGGGACAUCCUGCCCUCUGAGUCACUCUACCCUCCGCCACUACUUCGCAGGACCAUGGCGCCAUCCCGAGAGAAUGCAGACGUACGGGACUUUAUCAACCAGCGUGUGCUGGAUAACGAUGGCAACCCCACGGCUCCUCCUUACGACUCACUGGCCACCUACGCAUAUGAAGGUAACGGAUCGGUGGCCGAGUCACUCAGCUCGCUGGGGUCCAUGUCCUCUGAAGGGGAUCAGGACUAUAACUACCUCAGCGAGUGGGGGCCACGCUUCAGGAAGCUAGCAGACAUGUACGGUGGUGAGGACAGCGACUGGGACUCCUAACGGACAGACUGAGGAGCGAGACUCAUUUGCUGAUCUGCCUCUACAUGAAGACUGGAGUGGCAGAACGAGGCAGCCUAAUUUCUUUUACAAAGUGCCCUUUUAUCCUUCUCUUUGUCCUACAAUCAGGCAGCCGGUUUCUCUGUCCUGAUUGGCUGUGCAAUCUGGAAACGAACUUCACGCUCUGUUGAGGAGGACUUAUCUGUAUGUGGACUUCUCAUCAGAAAGUUCAUCUGCGGUGACAUCUUCCAGCAUAAUCCCAGAUAGUUCUGGAGAUGUCUGCAGUUUUUCAUAUCUGCAACCAUCACUGAAAACGUUCUUUUGAAAAGCCAAGCAUCUGAUGCAGAAUUGCUCUUCAAAUCCUGCUGCAAAGAACAGUUAAUCGGUUGACUGUGAGCCUGUGAAACACUUGAAGUGAAACUCGAGCAGGUCAUUGACUAGAUAAUGGCCAAGGCUGAGGAAUUUAUGAAAGUGACGAAACCACCGCCAAACUCGACCCUGUGAAUUUACCAUCAGACCUCAACGUGUAGCGGGCAGCUCAGUAUUAAACAGUUCAACAUCAUAGGAGUUGUCUAAUAACUGGGAGGAAUUUUCAAACCCUUACUAUUAACCAUUUGCAUAAUUUUACUAAUCUACUUACGACGUCAAGAAAAGAUGUUUUGUCAUGUAACCAGACGUAUUGUAUUAAGCCCAUCUAGAAAAUGGGUCAGAAGAUGUUUCAUGGUUGGCACUGGUUUUCAUCAUCCACAUGAAAAAAAAAAAGCUAGAAGCUUACAAUUAUCUGCUAUGUCAUUGGACCUGUCAUUUAGCAGUCUGACAAACAUUUGGUUGAACUCAGAACUGCUUAGUAUGAUUUUCUCCUUGUGAGAAACAGACUUCCACACGGUCAAAAUUUACAUUGCAUACUAUUACUGUAUGUUAUUUUUUCUUCUCUCUAUUCUUCCAGAUGAGACCUUGACAUAGAUCACAUUAGAGUCCAAAAGAGAAUUAAACAUUAAUAUCUAUACAUAGAAUUAUGGCUUUGUGGACCAAAAGAUUGAAAGCAAAGUUGUUAAUUAAUCACAGUUUGAAGCUGCAAUUCUCACCUUUCCUCUGACAACCUUCUGCUUUUAAUAGCAAGCGUCAAAUAACCAAGGAAGUAAUAAAAGCUCAACUGAUUUAUUCCUCAGCUGAAUGUUAACCACAACAGUGUUGUAUUGAAGUGUGAGUCAAAUCUUAAAGUAAAUCACUCUGCAAUGAUUGCGCCCUCUCUUCAAACCACAAAAUGAGCCUGAGAUUGCCUUCACCUCUUCGGUUAGGAGGGGGUGAGUCAGCUCUGAAUGGUACUUCAGCAGGUAAAUAUGUGUGUUUUAGAAGCGGAAUUUCCAUUAUUUGUCAUUGAUAUGCUGUAAAAAGAAAAAAAUAUCGUUACUCAUGCUGUAAAAACUUGGUUAAAUGAACAGUGCUUUGUACCAGUGGCUUGGGAGAGUAUAUAAUGUCCAUGUACAACUUUACUUUAUAUCUUGUGAAAUUUUGUACCAAAUAUUUAUAUACCACAAUGAUGUCUAAAUAUUCUUGAAAUAUGUACAUUCAGUAUUAUUGUUUCCGUGUUUUGAAAGUGUUAAACUGUAAAUGUGAGCUGUUUGCAGUUCAUUUGAUGAUGCGCAAAUGGAAUCAAACUUUCAUUCAAAUAAAUGUUCUCUUUUACAGAAAA